CACCAGCACAUUAGGGGGCAGCCUGCUGGAGACAGUGCUCUAACAAGCCCGGAAGAAUCGCAUUCACAGAUUGCAUGUUGUAGGCUGUGUUUUCCUUAGUGAAUGUUUGUGCUGAAAGAAUCAGAAACUCUGUUUUUUUUUGCGAGAUGACAGCUGCAAACUGUAAACAGCUGUUGUGUGUAGGAUCUGAAAUGCAUUAAAGUGCUGCUGUCUAGUCCGUCCGAGCUGAAGCAGCUCGCUAAACAGCUAUAAAGAGCCUGGACUAACUCUGCGCUCUCGGUGGAAGGUUUGAAGAUUUGAAUGACACUGCAGAAGUGAGAGUGAAGGCAGUUCAGAGGAGCCGCAUUGCUGUUCUUACAUUUAUAUUUUACCAGCAAACUGACAGGUCGUUUUUGCUUUGGAGCGGGGUGCAAACUGCUGCAGUGCCCUAUGAAGCCCAGUGUCCAACAGGCGGACCCGUGAAUAACCGAGCUGGUAGUGACUGACCGAGUCAGUGUCCUGCACGGACUGACUGUGUAGCUGAAUUUUCGAGGCACGUCAAGCUCAGGAAUGGAACAUGGCUGUUUCUGAGACUCAGCUAAUGUUGAGUGUGGGACUCAUUGAAAAGGAUGUGAAUGGAGACACACUGUGGGUGUGGUGUUACCCGUCUGUCAGCACAGAUCUGCGAGAAGUUCUUCUGCGAAAAUGUUGCUUGACAUCAGACAGUACAGUGCUGCACACGUUUGUGUUUGGGCAGUACUGCCGGACAUGGUACUAUAUCAGUACAGUGGAUGUCCAAGAGCCCACUGUUCUCAAGAAGGUUACACAUUUUUCUAUAGUUAUUACAGCCAAGGAUUUCAACCCUGAAAAGUACGCUGCAUUCAGUCGAGUUCUUUGCAGGAUGUACAUCAAACAUGGCAAUCCAGUAAAGAUGAUGGAGGGUUACAUUGCUGUCCUAACUAAAGGCAUCUGCCAAAGUGAUGAGAAUGGCUCCUUCCUCAUCAAGGAUUAUGAUGUCAGAAAAGCCUAUUUGGCUGGAUCCAUAAAAGAUGUGGUAUCUCAGUUUGGGAUGGAGACCAUCAUCCUGUACACAGCGCUGAUGCUGAAGAAAAGGAUCGUGAUCUAUCACCCUCGUGUUGAGGCUUUGCUCGAGUUCACAAGAGCACUUCCAGCCCUGACAUGGCACCGGAAAGACUGGUCCAUUCUGCACCCUUAUGUUCAUUUGGAGGACAGAGAGCUUGACAACCUUAGAGUGUGUACAGGAUAUGUUGCAGGAUUUGUGGAUCCUGAGGUGACCAACAGAUCAGAUCUCUUUGAUGUUUUUGUGAAUCUUCCGGACGGUGAAAUCACCAUAUCUCAACAUGCCAAAGAGGCAAUGGCUAUGGGAAAACUGCAUAAGGAGAUUGGCCACUUUAUCGUCCAGUCUGCUGAGGACAAUGACCGCACAGAUGUACAAGUUAUCAAGGAUAUCUCGAUGAAGACCAAGGAAAUCCUCAGUAACUUGGUGUCUCUUGCCAAGGAAGGGGAGGAUGCAAAGUUGACUCUGGAGGCACUGAAGCAACGUCAUUUCCCCCUGGCAACCGAGAACUUCCUCUUCCACUUAGCUGCAGCUGAGCAGCUCCUGAAGAUCUAAUGAAUCAGAGCUCUCCAUGAACCACUCAGAUGCUUCAAAGUUAUUGCUAGAGCUGGAAAUGACCAUGUGACCACAUGAUUUACUAAUCCUAACACAGUUGCCAAGCUGAAUUUACAGAGAAUUUUAUAGAGAUUUUAUGCCAUAACAUUCUAGGACAUAGCUGGUGCUAGUCACAUUCAGGCAAGAAUAUUAUGCAGCUGUUCCAAUUCUGUGACCAAGACUGUGCACAUGUGUUUUAUUUUUUUUUUCCCAGAGAUACUUAGAUAUAAAUAGCAUAUACAGGUGUGAAUCGAUUAGUUAUCAAAUUAAGUUGGCACUUUGAUAUUUGAGCUUGAAAGCAGUUUAGAUGGAACACGCAUUCCAUCAGACAGCUGUGAAAAUGAAGAUUUCAGACUUUCAUAUGUUUACUUAAAUUUGUCAAUGAUCUGCACAAUGCUAAGAAAAGCCUUACGGUUGCCUUUCUUAUGCCUUAAAAUGAAUAAAAGCAUUAUUAACCUAUAGAUUCAAAAUUCUAUAUUGCCUCUGAUAUACAAGUGUUAAGAUUCGAUUGUUUCUUUAAGCACUUUUUCUCAAUGUGAUCCAUGCUUUAAAACUGUCCUCUACAGAAAGAUUAGGAGCAGUACUACAUUAAGUCUACAAGUUUUUAACUGCAUACACAACAUGAAUUCAUCCAGUGUUUAUAUUUUAUUACAUGCUCCCUUUUGCACAAACUAUAUUUGUUCUAAUGAAAUUGCGCAUUUUACUGUUCUGCUACAUUCUUUUCAGUGACAUGAUAAUGUAUCUGAAAACAUCUGAAUUACACAGUAUGUAUUUUUCAAAUGUACAGGUGCACUAUUAUUUUAUGCCAUGUUAUUUCCCUUGCUAAGAAUAUAUACAACAGAUCACUAAAUAUUUGAAAACGGAGUUCUAGUGUAAAGACUUCAAAAUGAACUGAGUUGAAUUAACACUGAAGUGAUGGCAAUAUGAAUGUGCACAUAACAGCAAUAGUAACAUUAUUUUUGUUAACAAUGCUCUGUUCUGUUUAGCUUAAAAAAACUAUUAAAUCAAAACUUUCAAGUCU